AUGAGGCUUGGGGGACGCCCUGAGGGCCAGGACCCUCCUGCCUCCCCGGCAGCUUCCCAAACCCCGAAGUGGUUAGAGCGGGGCCUGGCCACCGGCUGCUGGGCCGCACGGGCAGGAGGGGCCGGGAAGGUCUUCCCCUUUAUCUUCACUGCUUCUUUCCCCAGGAAACCUGUGGUAUCGCCAGGGGAUCACGCCCAGCUACCCGCAGGGCUCCAGCUGGGAGCACGUGUCCAACAACGUGUGCCGAGUGUCCGUGGGGCCUCUGGACCAGGUCUGGGUGAUCGCCAACAAAGUGCAGGGCAGCCACAGCCUGAGCCGGGGGACGGUGUGUCAUCGCACGGGCGUGCAGCCCCACGAGCCCAAGGGCCAUGGCUGGGACUACGGCAUCGGGGGAGGCUGGGACCAUAUCUCUGUCCGGGCCAAUGCCACCAGGGCCCCCCGGAGCUCGUCCCAGGAGCAGGAGCCAAGUACCCUGCCAGAGGUCCGUGGCCCCGUCUGCUGCUGAGGCGCCCCCACGCACCUAGACGCAAGGACGGUGCCCGGUUUGGGGGAUCUAGGCUGAGCCAUUCUUGUGCUGAAGUGUGUACCGUGAGAGCGAUGUCGCCCUGGUGGACUCUGGAGGGAACCUGGCCCCAAGGCUGCGGCCACUUCACAGGCACUGGUUGAGACGGCCCCGAAAUGUGAAGCUCCACGGACACUCCUGCACAUGUCCCCGUCUGCGAGGAGCCCUGGGGGUGUGGGGCAUGGGGUGGGAGCUGUACCUCCCAGAGGCCCCUCCCACCCUUCCCUUCCCCUCUCCCUCCUGCCUUUCCAGGACUAGAACCCAGAACCUGGAGCCCUCCAGGAACACCGGCCCUGGGGCAGCAGAGCCCAUGAUGGAGCCCUCCUGAGCCGGCAUCUCAGACAGCACCCGGGCCCCACUACCCCUGACCAAGAGAGACGGCCGUGGGGCUCAGGGCCUCUUUACCACAUGCAGUGACCAUUUCUCAGAGCAGGACUUGCAAAGAGGCUUUCAUUUCAAAAGUGAAGGAAGGAGGCCGGGCGCUGUGGCUCACGCCUGUAAUCCCAGCACUAUAGGAGGCUGAGGUGGGCAGAUCACCUGAGGUCAAGAGUUUUGAGACCAGACUGGCCAACAUGGUGAAACUCCAUCUCUACUAAAAAAAAAAAAUAACAAAAUUAGCGGUGCGUGGUGGCAGGCGCCUGUAAUCCCAGCUACUUGGGAGGCUGAGGCAGGAGAAUCGUUUGAACCCAGGAGGCGGAGGCUGCAGGGAGCUGAGAUCGUGCCAAUGCCCUCCAGCCUUGGUGACAGAGUUGAGACUCCCUCUCAAAAAAAAAAAUGAAGGAAGGAGACAACAGAUUGGAAAUAACACUGGAGUGGAAGGGACUGGAUAGGACGUUCUUUUCCCUGAGGGGCCCGGGGUACCAGACAGGAGGCUGGGAGAGGACGAGAGGCUGCCCCGUGGCUGGAGGCAGUGUCCGUAUGUGCAGUCACCGUCACCAACCCCCUUUCGGUCCCUUCCCCAGACGUGCUGGUGGACAGGGGCUUCUUGGAUCAGAUCAUGUUGUAGGGGGUGCAGACUGUCGGCUUCUGCGGGGAGCAGGACUGUGUCCGUCAGCGGUGGCCAUGGGGUGUGCACACAGACCCUCAGCCCGUCCUGCACAUGGAGCAGGGCGCACAGUCACCCUCCAUCCCGUGGCCAGAGCUCGGCCCGGCCAGGCAAGGCGGAAAGCGUCGGCCACGUGGCCCCGACCCAUCCAGCAGUCUCAGCUGCUUUUUAUCCCUUUGUGCUCCAUGUGGGGGUUUGCCUCCUCCACCUGGACACUUUGCCCGGGAGGUCAUCAGAGCCCAACCCCAGGCUCUGCUCGGUUGGAGAGGGGAUGACUUUGCCACCACCCGACCUUCCUAGGGUCCUGGUCUCACUGUCAGCAGGAGUCUGUUGUACUUGUACAAUAUGGGGUUUGUCACCCAAAAGCUGAUGCUGAGAAAGGUCUCCCUGGGGCCCCGCCCGCCGGCAUCUGAGAGACCUGCUGUUCCGGUGUUUCCGGAAGUGGGUCGCAGUGCCGCCGGCUGGGAAGCUCUCAGAUCAAUCACGGGAAGGUCCUGACGGUGGCGGCCACCUGGAACCACCCUGUCCUGUCUGUUUACAUUUCUCUAUCAGGUUUUCUCUGGGCAUUACGGUUUGUUCCCCUACAACACUGACCUGUGCAUUCUGCUGUGGCCUGCUGUGUCUGCACGCGGCUCUCAGCGAGGUACCAGGAGAGCGUCACUCUGCAGAACGGCAGAGCGACGUGUCCUCUCGCUGCUGAGCACCAACUGUUUACCUGCCCAGCAUCACUUCCUCAGAUGCUUUACUCAAUAAAUAUUUCCCCUGGAGUGUCCAUGCCCUGGUGUUUUUAUCGAUAACACUGAUUGAUUAAAAGGUGUGGUUCCCCGCGUGCCUGAAGCAGA